UCUCUGGAGUGUAUCCUGCCUUUAACAUAAUGUUGGCUGGAGAGGGAGUAUCAAGAAGAGGAUUCCUAUCAGAAAUAUCCAGUAAUGGUCACAGUCACAACCUGGCUUGUGGGGGAGGACGUGUGGAGCUGAGGGGGAAGUUUGGUGAAGUGUUCCAGUUGAGAGUGGAGUACCUUAAUGGAUGCUCUCAGAAAGCUUUUGAUCCCACUUCUUGCUGAUUUUUACAACAAAAGGUCCAUUGAGGAGCUGAUGUGUUUUUAACCACACCAGAGCAAGAUUGUUAGAAGACGUCAGGUGACCUGAUUCCAUUGACCUGAGUAUGGCAAAAUUGGUCUGAAUGCUGCUGCUGGGUUCUGUUCUGGGCUCCUUGUAUUAUCCUGACAGGUGCAGAAUGAAGCCAGUCACUCCAGUCAGUUCUCCGUCGCCCCUCAGACUGUUGAACAAAGGCCCAGAGUAUCUCCGCAAGCAAAUGGAAAGCGACAACAGGAGUCGGAUGCUGAGUGCUGUCGAAAGGCUUGAAGCGGACAAGCCCAAGUAUGUUAAAAGCCAGCAAGCAAUGACCGCCAAGCAAGAGGCCGUCAUUGGACCCUGUGCAUCACCGCCAUCUUUUGCUGGGAACCGGGUCAGGCUGUGCGAAGCCAGGGGCCCGUGCCAGGAAUUUAAUGCCAGGAAAGAGAAUACCAACAUGGAGGAGCUUAACAAUGCUAGGAAUGUCUUGCUGGACAAGCCAUCCCAUGAAACGGUGGUUACCAGGAGGGCCAUCACCAAGAGAGUCAUGAGGCCCGAUUCCUUGAUCAUCUACCGACAGAAACGGGAUUGCAAGAUAGGGAGCACUGAGACCUCGAGGGGUUACAACUUCAUUCGACGACUGUUUCAGGGGUCAAUGAGGGACAAACAGGUAGUCUCCCUGGAACUGCCAAAGAUCAUCCUAAAGGAAGAUGGCAGAUCCUUCCCUGAAGGUAACUCGCACACGUGUCCUUUCAAUGUCGGAGAUGAAGCAGAAGCUGAGAAUCACUGCGUCAAUCUCGUUUCCCACAAAGAAGUCACAGGCUGCCCUUCGUCACACACCUGCAACAUCAAUACUCAGAACUUGCCACGUGAGCCCUCUGAAGCUAAUGGGCCAGUAGCUUUGAGAAACAGGACUUUACAACGCUCAAACUCUGACCUCCCUCUGCGCAACUCUGUGGCUUUGUCGGAAAAGGACAGGUUUUUCAAUUACUGUGGCCUCGACCUGGAUGUAGCGGAACGUCUUGGGCUGUCGAGGUUCUCUCCUGCCAACUCGGACUCCACCUUGCCCAGGGUUCAGAACACCAGCUUGGCUGACAGUGAAGGCAGUGAAUUUUUUCGCUGGAGUCAAGAUGGAGAAGGUCUUUACGAAGAAGAAAUUCAUGAGCAAAUCUCUUCCGGGAUAUCCGUCAUUGAGAGGAAUGCACGGGUCAUCAAGUGGUUGUAUGGCUGCAAGAAGGCCAAAGAGGGACCAAGGGAGUCAACAGUGUAGAGAAGAGAUGAUUUAAAUUUAACUCAAUUUGCAUAGACGAUAUUGUCUCUGCAUUACAAUCUCACUUAUAAGAAGGGAAUUGGAACAGAUUAAAUCUUCGAGUAUUUAAAGUUUUAUUUUCAUUAUUUAACUCUGAAGACUACUAUUCAGCUUUGGUCUGAAAGUCUUAU